UUCAUAUACUCCAAUUAAAAGCUAGCUCGAAACCCCAAAUGUUAUUUUAUUUUUCUAUAUAAUAAUAAUCAUACAUUAUAAAAAAAAAUCAUAUCAUUAUUUAAAAAUAGAAUUUUAUUUUUCUUUCUUCUUCUUCAAUUAUUAUGACACUCCCGUGUUCCUAAUCUUUUCUCUUAUUCUUCUCUUUCUUCUCAUCUUACAAAAUCUUGCAAAUCAAUUUUAAUGAAGAGAGAGCACAACCACCGUGAAUCAUCCGCCGGAGAAGGUGGGAGUUCAUCAAUGACGACGGUGAUUAAAGAAGAAGCUGCCGGAGUUGACGAGCUUUUGGUUGUUUUAGGUUACAAAGUUCGAUCAUCCGACAUGGCUGACGUGGCACACAAGCUUGAACAGUUAGAGAUGGUUCUUGGUGAUGGAAUCUCGAAUCUUUCUGAUGAAACUGUUCAUUACAAUCCUUCUGAUCUCUCUGGUUGGGUCGAAAGCAUGCUCUCGGAUCUUGACCCGACCCGGAUUCAAGAAAAGCCUGACUCAGAGUACGAUCUUAGAGCUAUUCCUGGCUCUGCAGUGUAUCCACGUGACGAGCACGUGACUCGUCGGAGCAAGAGGACGAGAAUUGAAUCGGAGUUAUCCUCUACGCGCUCUGUGGUGGUUUUGGAUUCUCAAGAAACUGGAGUGCGUUUAGUCCACGCGCUAUUAGCUUGUGCUGAAGCUGUUCAACAGAACAAUUUGAAGUUAGCCGACGCGCUCGUGAAGCACGUGGGGUUACUCGCGUCCUCUCAAGCUGGUGCUAUGAGGAAAGUCGCGACUUACUUCGCUGAAGGGCUUGCGAGAAGGAUUUACCGUAUUUACCCUCGAGACGAUGUCGCGUUGUCUUCGUUUUCGGACACUCUUCAGAUUCAUUUCUAUGAGUCUUGUCCGUAUCUCAAGUUUGCGCAUUUUACGGCGAAUCAAGCGAUACUUGAGGUUUUUGCUACGGCGGAGAAGGUUCAUGUUAUUGAUUUAGGACUUAACCAUGGUUUACAAUGGCCGGCUUUGAUUCAAGCUCUUGCUUUACGUCCUAAUGGUCCACCGGAUUUUCGGUUAACCGGGAUCGGUUAUUCGUUAACCGAUAUUCAAGAAGUUGGUUGGAAACUUGGUCAGCUUGCGAGUACUAUUGGUGUCAAUUUCGAAUUCAAGAGCAUUGCUUUAAACAAUUUGUCUGAUCUUAAACCGGAAAUGCUAGACAUUAGACCCGGUUUAGAAUCAGUGGCGGUUAACUCGGUCUUCGAGCUUCAUCGCCUCUUAGCUCAUCCCGGUUCCAUCGAUAAGUUUUUAUCGACAAUCAAAUCAAUCCGACCGGAUAUAAUGACUGUGGUCGAGCAAGAAGCAAACCAUAACGGUACCGUAUUUCUCGAUCGGUUCACGGAAUCGCUACAUUACUAUUCGAGCUUAUUCGACUCGCUCGAGGGCCCGCCAAGCCAAGACCGAGUGAUGUCGGAGUUAUUCCUAGGACGGCAGAUACUAAACCUUGUGGCAUGCGAAGGAGAAGACCGGGUAGAGAGGCAUGAGACUUUAAAUCAGUGGAGAAACCGGUUCGGUUUAGGAGGAUUUAAACCGGUUAGUAUCGGUUCGAACGCGUAUAAGCAAGCAAGCAUGUUGUUGGCACUUUAUGCCGGGGCUGAUGGGUAUAAUGUGGAAGAGAAUGAAGGUUGUUUGUUGCUUGGAUGGCAAACGCGACCGCUUAUUGCAACAUCUGCGUGGCGAAUCAAUCGUGUGGAAUAAAAAUAAAUAAUGGGAAAAGUGAAAAUGUGCUAUAUACUUUAUUGCAUUGCUGAUAAAGAAAAAAAGUCCCACGUUUUCCAAAUUUUAUGAAUUCUAAAUUUUGUUCACUUGUCACGAGAUUUUGACCUCGCAUAAAUAGACUAUUACGUCAGGGUCAGGCCAAUGAAAUGAUUUUUUAUCACUUGUUCUCAUUAAGGUAAAAAAGGUCUUUUCUAUUUCAUCUUUGGUUUUCGAUAAAAUUAAAAUUGAAUAAGAGAUGAAAUAAUGAUAUAUAUAAGGUGAUAGUCUGAUAGAUAUGGAUAAAUGUUUCAUGACACGAACCAG